CCUCUGCGCGCCUGUCUGACUGGUGGUGGACCUCUCAGCUUCCUGGGUACCAAAAGAGGGCAGACACACCAGGACGACUCCUCGCAUUGGAGUCCACUGCGUGAAACUGCAAUCAUUAUUUGGUCAUGUGUCAAUGCAAAUCAAAUUAUUUACACAAGCAAAGGAACAUUUAUGAUUUUAUUAUUACUAGUACUAGUAAUAUCAUUUUAAAAUAUCAGAAUGUCUUGUACCGGUAGGAGUAAGGGUACGAAUUUGGUCUGAAUUGUGACCAAGUGAAGGAAUAUGAGGCUAGAAAGUCUCUCAAAAAAAAAGUUUGGCAUUUGUUGCACGUCGAGCGCUUUUGCGGCGCUUUUAUUAUUUGGGAAGGGGCUUCGCUUCAGGAUGCCACAAGUGGUUAUGUCGCCAUCUAGUGGUGACAGCCUCGAACUGCGAUUCGCCAACAUUUUCUGAAGUAGCAGCUCUAAAAAUAUAAAGUUCUCCAAACAUCAGCACCAAUAUUAAACUGUAGCAGGGCGAGAGUGUUCAUACAAAAAAAACGUUUUUAUUUUUAACCUAUAAAUCGUUUUAUUUAUUGUUUUUAGCCUAAGGAACGUUACACAACGUUGACGCUGCGAACUUGACCCAAUUAAAAUGUAUUGCACUUAAAAUAAAAAAGAAAUAAAAAAAAACAUCACUCAAUGACUGUACUAUACUGGAUAAAACAAAAACCUUCCGUUACAGCAGAAUGAUGUUGUGCAUGCUUGAGCCUUUCAGCAUUCACAUAAUAAUUCUCUGAGCUGGAAAACAGUUCCCCUUUGUCCCAUGAGUCCUCGCAUUGAUCCAAUUAUUUCCCUUUUCUGAGCUAAAACAAGUCCAACUUAUAAUACACUUAUAUUUUUAAUCAUUUAAUGCCAGAUUUUAUUGCGUGCAGUAAAAGUUUAAAAUGCAGCGGCUGGGAGGCGCCGUCCUGUUGUUGCUCUUGAACAGUUUGACUCCACUCGCAACCUGCUGGGGGCGUUGCUGAGACGUUUCACCAAUCUUGAGUGGCUUUAGAAAGCAAGUUUUCCCAGCAUGAGUGUGACAUUUACUUACUGGAGCGACUCAAGGAAGCAACAACAGCAUCAUCACUGCCCAGCAGGUGCUCCCAAUGGCUCAGCAGUUAAGCAAUGAACAAGGAAUCCCUUUAAUUUCCUCACAAAAGGGCACAAGGGAAGGAAGAUAUUCCAUGAUAUCAGCAUGCUUUAAUUUUGUUAAUUCCAUCAUUGGCUCUGGAGUCAUAGGUUUACCUUACGCGUUGAACCAAGCAGGGCUCCCAUUUGGCUUUUUGCUUCUCAUCAUUGUUGCCUUGAUCACAGAUUACACGAUCAUCCUACUCAUUAAAGGAGGCAACCUGUCCGGGACAACAAGCUAUCAAUCGCUGGUCCAAAGCACAUUUGGUUUUCCAGGAUUCCUGGUUUUAUCAGUUCUGCAGUUCCUGUAUCCGUUUAUCGCUAUGAUCAGCUACAAUAUAACAACAGGAGACACACUGACCAAAGUGUUUCAGAGAAUUCCUGGAGUUGGUCCAGAUCACAUCUUGGCCGAUCGCCAUUUUGUCAUCGUGCUCUCCACCGUGUUGUGCACGCUGCCUCUCUCACUUUAUCGAAAUAUCGAAAGACUGGGCAAGGUGUCCUUCCUAUCGAUGAUCCUGACAGCAAUCAUCGUCGUCAUUGUAAUCAUCAGAGCAGCGACCUUGGGACCUCAAAUUCCCCCGACGGAAGGCGCGUGGCUUUUCGCAAAGUGGAAUGCAAUUCAAGCAGUCGGCGUCAUGUCUUUUGCCUUCAUCUGUCACCACAACAGCUUUUUAAUCUACGCCUCCCUGGAGAAGCCAACGCUAACCAACUGGACUCGGGUCACUCACGUUUCGGUCGGCUCGUCGCUAAUAAUCAGCGCCACAUUCGCCUUGGCAGGUUAUGUCACCUUUACGGGCUACACGCAAGGGGACAUAUUUGAGAACUACUGCAGAAAUGAUAACUUGGCAACAUUCGGUCGCUUCUGUUUUGGCCUCAGCAUCAUCAUGACGUUUCCACUGGAGUGUUUUGUUACUCGAGAGGUGGUUUCAAGUUCCAUAUUUGGUCGGGAGCUUUCAAAAGUGGAACACAUGUCUGUAACGGUGAUCAUAGUUGCAGCGUGUACAGCGGUAUCGUUGGCCUACGACUGUCUGGGAAUCGUUUUGGAGUUGAGUGGUGCCCUGAGUGCCACCCCUCUGAUCUUCAUCAUCCCCUCCGCUUGCUUCCUCAAACUCUCCCCCGGACGCUGGUAUCAUCGUGAAAACUUGAUCCCCGCCAUGUUGAUUGUUCUUGGGGUGUUUGUCAUGAUAACCGGAUUGACGCUGACGGGCCUCAACCCUCAAGACUGUUCACAUGGCGUGGAGAUGUUCUACUGCCCUGAUGCCAAUUUCUCUGGCACUCAAGCGCCCGUAUGACUGCAACUUAGGAGGUCGCUGAAAUGUAGUUUUGUACUACAUAGCAGUUUUCUUCAAAUCCACAAGAUGGCAGAAGGUACAAUGAACCAUACAGUAGAAUAUGGUACGAGCUUUUUUGUUCAGGUGAACAGUUCCGGGUUUCACACUAUAAGUAUAUUCAGUUAAGGUUAUCGUUAUUUCUGUACAUAUACUUUUUUUAAAUUUAUGUUUAGUACUACGCAUAGAAGAUCUUUUUAUUGUAAAAUACUCAGCACUCACAAACAGGCAGGGUUACUUAGAUUUUGAUGCCUCUGUACUCUUUGCACAACUUGCUGAUCUCCUACAAGGA